CCGCUGUAAGCGCGAGGCCCAAAUCAUGGGUGUUUUGGGGGGUGUCGUGGUGUCACUACCAAGUAUUGAAAGCAUUUGAUAAUGCCCGCAGAUCACCAGCUCCUUCUCCACCAACACACUUGCUACACCGAACAGUUUUGGGGGCUUGUCUCAAUUCGGGGCUCACAUCGAUCACUGCUCGGUCAUCGUUGUUGUUGUUCGGGGGGCUGUUCCGCUUCGCUCACACGCGCGGCGGUUACUCGAAACCUCUGAAUGGCCGACUUCGGAUUUUCUCAUGCAAGAGGCGCAAGUUUGCCCCGCCUCUUUUAAUUAAAAACGUUGCUGAAAACCAAGUGCGAAACGUGAUAGACUGUGUCGUGUGUUGGACUUCGUGGAUCUGUCAUAGCCUGAGGUAUGAACGGUCAGCGCGCUUUGAUGGACAUGGACCACUUAAUCCCUGGUGAACCGCAUCACCAUUUUCUCAUGACAGCGUAUGUCCGUUGGCUAAGCCCCAAUUCUCUUCUAAAAUAAAACAUAUCCAAAGGUCAUAGGAUGCAGAAUGACGACCUCAGCUGAAGUGGAAGCUUGCAAGGUACCUAGGCCUGCGAUGUGCGACCCAAGGCACCCUCAGCGGU